AUGUCAGAGGAGCGGGUCGAGAUGGAGUUCGACAUACCCCCGGAAGAGCAGAUCAUCCUCUUCCAGGGCAAGUUCAUCGCCCAGCGCUACAUGACGCAGAAGGAGAAUGCGAUGCAGCCGCUGAACACCCCAGAUCUGCAAGAGAUUGUGGAAGAAGCCGGCGAGGACGGCUUGCAAAUGACAGUAGUGCACAAGCCAUUCCGCCUGGGGAAGUUCAUGAAGAAGGAAGGAGCAGAGGAGGACGACCUCGACGUGAAACUGAAGCCGGGAGGCUGCAGCCUCCUCCAGCGCGCAGUGCGCCGCUGCGAGAUCAGCGUGGUGGAGGAGUUGCUGGUGAAGGAGGAGUUCACCCGCUGCAAUGCCCGCGACCGCGCCGGGCAGACUGCACUGCACACCGCGUGCACUGCCAGACAACGCGAGUGCGCGACGAUCCUUCUGAAAUCCAAGUGCUUCCAGGCCGUGUACAAGAAGGACCUUGAGGGCCGCAAUGCCCUGCACUACAUCGCCUGCUGGGGUGACGAGCCCACGGCGAGACUGCUCUUAGCGCAUGAGAGAUUUCGAAGACGGCACAUACAAGCAGAGGACAUUUUCGGCUACACGCCCAUGUCGUUGGCCGCCGACUGCGGGCACACGAAGAUCGUGGAGGCCAUCCGGGAGGCACUGACGGCGAAAGAGGGCGACGACGACGAAGAAGAGCCGGAUGAGGAUCCUUCUCGGCCAGCCUCGCCUGAGGCGGCGAGCGCUCCACCUGAGGGUGAGCUGGGCGAAGCCGAGGCCGGCAAGGACGAGGUCGCUGCGGACAAAGCGCCGCCCUGA